AGAAAAUGAACGUCCAGAACCACAGGCAACAGGUCCAGCUACUCCCUACACCCCUGUCGGAGAUGGGAUGGUGCGAGCAGCUCUCAACGGGACUCACACACACCGCCUGCGGGACAAACCGCGAGGAGGACACCGCGACCAGUCUCACAGAGCCAGUCACUGUCAUCUAAACCGGCCUGACCGACCCACAUCCAUUGAGCGAUGGCGGAUGAGGAACUGGUGAAGAAGAUGGUACGGGCGGUGCUCCAGUCCACUAAGAGUGGCGUGUCACUGUCUAACCUGCAGGUAGAGUAUAAAGACCUGACGGGUGAGCUCAUACCUUAUAAACAGUUGGGGUAUGCCACGCUGGAUGCCCUCCUGCACAGCAUGCCUUCGGUCGUGAAACUGGAUAAAGGGCAGUCUGGGGAGGUGGUAUGCCAUGCUACCACAGGAAACGAGAUGACCCACGUUACUAAGCUUGCGGCCCGUCAGCGCACAGCUAAGAGGACCGGCCGACCUCAAGUGGUGAACUGUCAAAUGAGAGUCAAACCAGCAGCUCCUCUUGCACUGAAUGCAAGGCCAAGGACAUCUUUGAGACAGCCCGACCAUUGUGGACAUCUGGGGCGAGGUGGAGGUCGUGGAGGGGGACAUGGAGACCCCCUUCCUCGCACAGGAAGCUUGAGGGACUCCCAGCCUGAUGGGAAAGGAGGCAGACCCCACAACACACCCACAAGAAGACCCUCCCUUCCCUCAGAAAGAUCAGACAAAAGAAUGACACUUCCCUCCAGAUUCCAAAAAGAAGUCCAUGCCCAUCUCUCCCAAAACCAACAGCAGAGCAAUGCCCCUUCUAUCCUGAAUGAAAACACAACUCCAUCAAAACCUAGGCUGCCUCAUUCUGCGCCUUACAGUCCCAAGCUGGUGCAGUCCCGUCUUAAAGAGGUUCUUAACAAGCACAGCAAUGGCCUCUGGGUAUCCAAGCUGCCUCAGCUGUAUCGAGAGCAUUAUAAACAAGACCUACCCAGUGAAGCCCUGAAAGACCUGGAACACUGGACGCACAUUUGUACUGUUGAAAAACCAUGCAGUACCAAACCUCAAGAGUUGCUGCUGUACCCUGCUAAAGAAACUAGCCAGAUUACCCCACAUAGUGCUGCUACACCCCCCACCCAUGACAAAUCCCCAUUUCAUCACAAAAAACCUCAGACUCAAAGAUCAUCUGCCACUUCCAAAUCAAGCACUCCGGCAUCCCCUAGGGAUCUACCACCCGACGUCAAGCAGAAGCUUGGAGAUCUGCUCUUGAAAUACAGCAGUGGCCUGUGGGCCCACGCUCUGCCUAAACUGUAUCAGGACACAUAUAAAUGUAAACUACCGGAGUUUGUGCUGGACCACCUCACCCUGCUUUCAGAUAUAUGCACGAUUGACUACCCCAUGCCGGACAACCCCAAAAGAGCAAUUCUGUAUGCAAAAGUAGUAGAAGACGAGAACCGUAACCAGUCGGGAUUGGCUGGCUCAGAGACGAAAGAAGCAGUAGAGCGCAGUUUGAGCAGCCAGACUGUUCCUCCUCUUGUCAUCCCUAGAGAGGAAUACCCUUCUGUCCUGGUGGUGGAAGCAGGUGACACAAACAGCGUCAUUCUGAGGUACAUAGGUGAAGGUUACUCUAAGGCACAGGAGAAGUUAGAAGAUGAAAUGAGAGAGUUCUAUGGGCAAGACAGCAACAAGGUGGCUCUGACUUCACCAUUAACAGGUCAGCUGACUGCUGUAUGUGCUGAGGAAGAGGAGGAGAUCCUCCGAGCACAAGUCUGUGAGGUCAUGGCCGACAAGGUCAAGGUGCCUCUGUGUAUUUGUCUGCAGAAUAAAAAUGCUGUCUUGUUGUUCGGUUUGCAGGUUGAAAAACCAUGCAGUACCAAACCUCAAGAGUUGCUGCUGUACCCUGCUAAAGAAACUAGCCAGAUUACCCCACAUAGUGCUGCUACACCCCCCACCCAUGACAAAUCCCCAUUUCAUCACAAAAAACCUCAGACUCAAAGAUCAUCUGCCACUUCCAAAUCAAGCACUCCGGCAUCCCCUAGGGAUCUACCACCCGACGUCAAGCAGAAGCUUGGAGAUCUGCUCUUGAAAUACAGCAGUGGCCUGUGGGCCCACGCUCUGCCUAAACUGUAUCAGGACACAUAUAAAUGUAAACUACCGGAGUUUGUGCUGGACCACCUCACCCUGCUUUCAGAUAUAUGCACGAUUGACUACCCCAUGCCGGACAACCCCAAAAGAGCAAUUCUGUAUGCAAAAGUAGUAGAAGACGAGAACCGUAACCAGUCGGGAUUGGCUGGCUCAGAGACGAAAGAAGCAGUAGAGCGCAGUUUGAGCAGCCAGACUGUUCCUCCUCUUGUCAUCCCUAGAGAGGAAUACCCUUCUGUCCUGGUGGUGGAAGCAGGUGACACAAACAGCGUCAUUCUGAGGUACAUAGGUGAAGGUUACUCUAAGGCACAGGAGAAGUUAGAAGAUGAAAUGAGAGAGUUCUAUGGGCAAGACAGCAACAAGGUGGCUCUGACUUCACCAUUAACAGGUCAGCUGACUGCUGUAUGUGCUGAGGAAGAGGAGGAGAUCCUCCGAGCACAAGUCUGUGAGGUCAUGGCCGACAAGGUCAAGGUGUACUACGUGGAUCAUGGCUUUUCUGAAGUCAUCAGCAAGAGCAAACUAUUUGAGUUACAUGAGAAGUUUUAUAGAUUGCCUUUCCAAGCCACCAAAUGUAAACUAGCAGGCCUGGAGUCAUUCAGUCAGGAGCAGGCAGUACUGAAGAGGUUUGAGUCAAUGGCCACUGGCAAGAUCCUAUUGGCUGAGAUCUUAGUGCGUCAGGAAGUGCCUGUGGUGGUCCUGUAUGACACAUCACAAGAUGAUGAUAUCAACAUCAAUGCUGCCUGUAUGAAAGCUCUACAAGACAAAUCCUUAGAGAGUCCCUUAAAGGUGAACAGUGCCUACAUGAAUGUGAAUGUGAGCAGCGUUUGCUCAGAUGGGACGAUCUACUGUCAGGUGCCCUCCAGAGGCCUGACUAAACUCAACGAAAUUCUGGAGAGGACCGAAAACUAUUUACAUUCCCAGGUCACAUCAGAGUUGCUGGUUUCACGUCCUUUCUGUGGCAAAAUCUGUUUGGCUCGAUAUAAAGGCAAAUGGUCCCGGGUGGAGAUAACAAACCUGCACGGCAGCCGGGUGCUGGACAUCUUGUUUGUGGAUGUAGGCGUUCAGGCGUCAAUCGAGGUCACUGAGUUGAGAGAGAUCCCACCUCCUACGCUGCGUGACCUCAUUUCCACCCCGACCCAGGCGCUGAAGUGUUGUCUGGCAGAUCUGCCUGUGAGCGUAGGCUCAUGGACUCCAGAUGCUGUCCAGUGGCUGAGAGACACGGCUCUCCACUGCAGUGACUGCAGCUUGAAGAUAGCUAAAGUGGAUGAGCCCAAACGCCUCGCUCAUGUUUAUCUCUUCACCAGCAAGAACUUCCACAACACAAGCUGCAGUUUAAACCAACAGCUGGCCGACUCUAAUCUGUGGAACCACCAGAAGGAUGUUUUCUUAAGCAGCCGGGGGCCCUCAAAAUCCCUCAACGCCCCGACAAACCCUGCCACCAUCCAGACCUCCAGCCUCAGCACUGAUGGACAGGAUAAAGCCCCACACACACCCAAGAGGAUGUCAUCCCCGCUGGGGAGCCAGAGUGCACCUCCCGGCUCUCCGCCUGAAAAACUGUCUCUUCCGCCACUGCUGGAGCUGCCCAAGAUUGGGCAGAAUUUGGACGUGUUUGUUUCAGUGGCAUGCCAUCCUGGGCACUUUGUGCUACAGCCAUGGCACGAUAUGUACAAACUGGUGGAUUUGAUGGGGGAGAUGAUUCUGCAUUAUAAUAAGAUGGAGGAGAAACCACUUAAAGUGGAGAAGAACCAGGUCUGUGCUGCCAAGGUGGAAAACAACUGGUACCGUGUACUGGUGAAAGGAAUCCUGACCAAUGGUCUGGUGUCAGUGUUUCAGCUGGACUAUGGCAAACAUGAGCUGGUGAGCUGCACCCAGCUCCGGCCCCUCACCCAGGAGUCCUGCCAGCUCCCCUUCCAGGCCAUCACUGCUCAGCUGGCUGGUACACUUCAUUUCCUGUUAGAAAGGCUCUUUCAUUUAUUGAAAAGGCUGUUUUAG